AUGGCCGAGAACCAACCCGGCGCCUCCCUCGUGCGAGGGCUCCAGCUGCUCUUCGCCAUCAUCGUCAUGGGGACAGAUGGCUACGCUAUUCACGUGUUUCAUGGCCACAAUUAUGAAGUUGACUCACCCGUGUUUGGUGGCGAAGCUACCCUUCACGUCAGUGUCCCUUCGGCAUGGGGCUUCCUGAUGAUCUGUGCGGUCUGGACGGUCCUGAUCGUCGUCUUCCACUUCGUCAAGCCCAGUCUCGCAAGCCGCCCGAUGAUUGGCUACAUUUAUAUUAUCGCCGAGGCUGUGGCUGUCCUCUCGUGGCUCGCCAGCUUUAUUGCCGUGGCUGUCAACGUUUCGACGAGCAAUGCCUGCUUAUCGGAUUAA